AUGUUUCAUACAUCAUACAUUCAUGACACUCCAGAUUUUCUCCGCAAAAUCGCAGGUAUUCAGAAGCAGGUCCCUAACACAGCCAUCAUCGGUACUUUUGAUGUAACCUCUCUAUACACCAACAUUCCCCAAGAUGAAGGGAUUGCUGCCUGCUCUUCAGCUCUGGAUAAGAGUGGUCACACAUCACCGCCCAUUUCAGACAUUGAACUUAAGAAACACCUUGUUUCCAGGGGUCAUAGCUCUCUAGCAGUCCAUCGAGCUAUCCAGAAAGUCAAGGCUCGUUCUAGGGAGUCAAGAACUUUUAGGUGUUCCAACAUCUCCAAAUGCAUCGUCUGUAGACAAUACAUCGGGAAAUCGGACUCCUUCACCAGUGUUGCUACACUGUACUUUGCUAAAUAUGGAAGCGCAAAUGGUGUAGCAUCGCAACUGAUUGCAGAUGCGAGCCAAUGGAAAAUAUAUGACACCAAAGGAUCUCCCAACAGACUCCUUUUUACUGGAUCGCGGAUUGAAUGGAGUAAGCUCUCUGCUAUCAUGAUCACCCUUCGCCACAUCAACCAUGUGUUGCCUCCUCUGAUUCUGAUGACAUCUAUCUUCUUGUUCGCGUUCAUCUGCAUCGUUGAGAGCCGUCAGAUGUUGUCUUUUUACGGCCCAGUUCCCGACUCGCCGGGUCCUGAUCAGCCCUAUAACAAAUACCACUGGGUGAAGUCAGCCAUUGAGAACCUUCGAAGCGGAUGCCCACUAAAUAAAGAUAUCGAUGACUGUAGCCCCAAUCCAUGUCUGAACGGAGGUAACUGCGUGGAUGGCGUGAACCAAUUUACGUGUACGUGUGCUCCAGGCUACGAGGGGAGUACCUGUGCUACAAAUGUCAAUGAAUGUAGCUCCAAUCCAUGUAGAAACGGAGGAUAUUGCACCGACAAUGUCAACAGUUUUACCUGUACCUGUUAUGGCGACUACGUAGGUGACACCUGCUCAUCAGUUUGUCCCGUGGGACGUGGGAUACCUCUCGGGAUGCAGAGUGGAGAAAUUCCGGAUUACAAUCUCGAUGCAUCGACUUACUACGGUCAACACGUACCUGGCUGGGCAAGACUUGACAAAGUUGGAGGGUGGUUCGCACUUUCAUAUGACAUGACUCCAUGGAUACAAGUCAAGUUCAACGAUAGAGCGUUCCUUACUGGUCUGAUCACACAGGGGUUUAGCUUCGCCCUUUAUACUACGGCCUUCAGCGUAGAGUACGGUGACUCUAUAUCCUCAUUGACAUACGUGCGAACUUACAGUGGAAGUAUCCAACGGUUCACCGGUAAUUAUGGAGAUGAUCACGUGACCAACUGGUUCCCGUCAGUGUUGCAUGCCCGUUAUCUGCGCAUCCAUCCAGAAUCAUGGGAAAAUUUGGACACCGGUUGCUCUAUGCGCUUUGAGGUGAUAGGAUGCCGGUAA